AUGAUACAGGGAUUGGCAACCAAUGGUUCUAGUGAUUUUUUCCUUCCGGGUGAUAAUUGUCCUAAUUGGUCAGCCUAUACAGGUGAAGGACAUUCAGUGUUUUUUCAAGUUCCUGAUCGUCCCAUGAAGGGAAUGAUUUUGUGUGUUGUUUAUUCAUCAACCCCUGAAAACAUGGCUGCUGAAUGUCUUAUUAGUGUCUUGAUCCUUAAUUACACAAAGUGCACCAUCCAUGUAUGCAAGGGAGACACGGCAAUGUCCUUUAAUGAUGAAGAUUGGGAGGGUGUAAUAUCAAAUCUAGGACCUGGUGACAAUGUGGAGAUUUUUUUAGCUUUUGGGCAUGGAGUAACUGUUAAGGAGACAGCCGUGUAUCUAAUAUAUGGCCAGUCAAUUACUUUUGAAAUUGAGCCAUCAAUUAGCAUGGAAAUGGAACCAUCACCUGAAUUGAACGUACAGUCUUCUCCUAACAUGAAAACAGAGCCAUCACCGAAGCUAAAGAAAAAGUCAUCUCCUGCCGUGAAAAUAGAGCCAUCACCGGAGCCAAAGAAAAAUAUAUUCACAUUACUUACAAAGAGAAUGGGAGAAUGUUUAUGCUUGAAUCGGAAUUGA